AUGGACAAGAAUUUGGACCGAACGUGCAACUAUCAGGGCGAUGUGAAUACUUGCGAAAUUUAUCGUUUGAGUUGUUCUCAUGACGAGAAAGUCUUGUUGACAGAGGUACCGCACGUGAUUGCUUACUCCCGCGCGCGACUUCUUAGCUUGGAGACCGCUGAUACUUUUGUCCAUGCUCAUUGCCCAGCCACAUUGACAGAAGUUCUUAAUUAUCAAGCAAAGCCACAUUGCUGCGAUGAAGGCAGUGCAAUCGACAAAUUCAAAAUCGCUUAUGAUAUAGAUCAAAUUGCAUCGCAAACCAAUUUAGUAUCGGAAUUGGCGACAGAAUACAGAGAAGCUAUUCAGAAGGAUUCGGCUGCUCCGAUGCGCACUCGAUGCUUCCUGUACAUUGGUUCUGAAUGCAUCGAUUAG